AUGGACAAGAUGAACCACAGCUCGGCCGAGGCAGAGGCUGAGACCAUAGAACCCCUGCGUUACCUCAGCAAAGAGGAGGCGGCAGCUAUCGAGACAGAGCUGGUGAGGGACUACAGGUUUGGACAACAGCAGCUGAUCGAGAUCUGGGGACAAGCGUGCGCCAUCGCCAUCACCAAGGCCUACCCUCUCAGCUCUCUAGCGAAGAAGCAGCCAACAGUGCUGGUGAUCUGUGGUCCCGAUCAGAAUGGCUCCAUUGGGCUGGUGUGCGCCCGACACCUGCGCAUAUUUGAGUAUGAGCCCACCAUCUACCACCCCAAACGCUCCUCUCACAGUCUACACCAGGAUUUCACGGUUCAGUGUGAAAAGAUGGACAUCCCGUUCCUCUCCUACCUCCCCACAGAGGUGCAGCUCAUAAACGAUGCCUACAACCUAGUGAUCGAUGCCAUGCUGGGCCCGGAGUCAGACUGGGCCAACAUUAAGGAGCCCUACUCUGGUAUUCUGGUCACCCUGAAGCAAGUGAAGAUCCCCAUUGCCAGUGUGGAUAUGCCUUCAGGUUGGGAUAUAGAAGAACCGAGUCAGGACGGGAUUAACCCGGACGUUCUCAUCUCGCUUACAGCUCCAAAGAAGUGUGCCAUGAAUUUCACGGGGAAGCAUUUCUUGGCCGGACGCUUCCUGCCCUAUGACAUCCAGAAAAAAUACGAGCUAAACCUCCCAGUCUACCCCGGCACAGACUGUCUCAUAGAGUUGUAACACAUGGGAUCCAGUGGGGCCACAGCUAAAACAAAAAAAAAGAGAUAAAAGUACAGUUAAUCAAUUCUCUUGUUUUGUAUUUUAUAGAUUAAUGUUGCCAUCUCAGUUUUGUGAAACGGGCUACAUGUGCUGUCGAGCUGCAGUAGAGGGAUACUAUUGAGAACCUGUGGUUUGAGUCAUGUCUUUUUAGGGGAAUGGCACGAGGAGUUUUUGUGGUAACUUGUAAAAGCUGUAGCAUUACACUGUUUUAUGAUUACUUUGCAAAAGACAGACACAGUCUCAGCAAGCAAAGAUAACUUUUUUUAUGACGCCAAGAAAUGGAACUUUAUUUUCAGCACUUUCUUUUUGACUUUUCAUGUUCUGAUGCUUUUUCUGUUGCUACGUGAAACUUUCUACUAAAAUGUGCUGCUGAGCGGAGUGGGCG